AUGAGCUCCACCACAACAGCCCUUCCGGAUGGGUACUACAUCGCCCAGCUCAGGGCCGAGCACUUGCCCUGGGUCCAAGCCAUCGUAGCUCACACCAUGUCCUUCGACUCACCUGUUUGGUCUCGCGUGGACUACCCCGAUGGCGGACCGACCCAGCGGGCAUACGACAUGUACCAUGCCAUGGAAACCUCCUCGCUGCAGUCCAUCAAAUCGGAGCUCUCCUACGGCGUCUUCUGGGCCGGACAUCGGCCAAACAGCACCGGCACGCUCCACUGGGACUUCACCAACCCCCACGCCACCCGUGCCCAGCUCCUGGAACAAAUGGACUUCCCCCUCGUCUCCAUCGCCAUGUCCAAAGACGUCGCCGAGUCGUCGUCCACGACCGUCAACCCCUUACCCUCCUCCACCACCAUCACAACCCACAAACCCUGGGCCGCCAUCGUCGACGGCCACCGCGACAUAAGCGACACCCUCAAAGCCCUCGACCCCCGCCGCCCAUCCCUCUACUCACCGACUGCCAAGGGCCUCGUCGCCCGCCGCAGCGGCACCCACACCCGCGGCGACCACGCCAACCGCGGUCUGGCCAAGGCCCUGGCACACUUUAUCAUGCACCGGGUGUUGUGCGAGCUGGGGUAUCAGGCGAUUCUCAUCCAUGCUGGUGGGGAAGGGCUUAAUCGGGUGUGGUUGAACCCGCCGGCCGGGGAAGGGUUUCGCGCUGAGGAGGUGAGUAAGUUUGAUACGAAGGGGUAUGUGAGGGAGGCGGAUGGGAAGAGGGUGUUUGGGGAUGCGGAGGUGGUGUCGAAGAGGAUUUGGGUGACGUGGGAGGGUAACAACUAG